CCGACGCUGUUGCGAGCACAUCGGCCAAGCCGAUCAAGCCAGAUCUGCGGAAGAAUCGACCGGUACCGAGCAGACCGCCUAGCACUGAAGAGAAUCACUACGAGGAUGCGCUGGAGAUCAUCAGUGCUGCCUAUGAGCCUUUCCGAGGUACCAAGAUCUCGAUGGACCGCAUCUCGCAAGGUCUGCCGCCCGUCAAAGCUGCGCCGAGUCCGAGUCCGACUUCUGCUCCUCGUCGACGUCCCAAGAUCAGAGGCGAGACCUUGGCGCAGUUCAUCCAGAGACCGACUGUCACUUUCCCAAGGCGGUUCAGCUCGACGAUGACUCAUGCUGCCAUUGCCUCCUUGGGUGCAAGGCAGCCCGCCCUCGAGCUCGAUCAGAGCGCACGAGCGGCUGUCCGAGCAGCGCCAACGACUGUGCAAGCGCAAGCUGCAGCUGCAUCUGCCCUCGGCAUCUCCUUUCCUGCUAUACCGCCCCUAGAGGAUCCUCUGCUGGGCUUCAUGACCAAUCUCAUCAUGAAAGACGGCAAGAAGACUGUGGCCAGGUCGACCGUUGACCUCAUGCUGUCGACAAUCAGACUACACACCCAUCAGGAUCCGCUACCACUCGUCCGACUGGCAGUAGAGCGAGUCUGCCCCAUGGUCAGGAUCGUCUCGAGGAAGAAGGGUGCAAAGAAUGUUCUCAGCCCUGUUGCGCUCAACGAACGACAGAGAGUCAGACGGGGUAUCCUCUGGCUACUUGUAGCGAGCGACAGCAAGAACGACAAGGCGCUCGGCAGGAGAAUGGCAGCAGAGGUCAUCGCCAUUCUCAACGGCAACUCGAGCGCUCUCAACAAACGACAGGAAGCCCAUCGUUCAGCCGUACUCAAUCGGUCCAACGCCCGAUAGACGACAACAUGCAUGCUUCAUUGUUUCGCUUUGGGCCAAUUUUUCUUGCCGUCCUCUACCGCUUGUCGCAUCUGAGCAAUCGCUUCUGAGGGUACUGGCGCGCCAAAGCAUGCCGUGCCAGACACAAUCACGUUAGCGCCGGAGUCUGCGCACACUUUGACCGUCUUUGGACCUACGCCGCCGUCUACUUCGAUGUCCGUACUCGGAAAUCUCGCCCUUAAAUCUGCCACUUUACUCACGCAAUUUUGCAUGAAGCUCUGACCG